CGCGACUCCGUUUCGGUAGGUUUAGUUUCAAGGUCCUUUUGUUUAUAUUUCGAUUAUACACAUAUAUAAAAUUGUAUGUGUUGUAUCACAAUUAAAGGCGUUAGAUCCUUCGUAUAAUUAUUAACGUGAAAGGAUACAUAGUCGUGUCAUUCUCGUUACUAUUGCCAGACACGACGAGCAGAUAUAUUAUAAAAAAAGGUAGAAGAGAGAAAGUGGAAGGAAGAAGAGGGAUACAUAUAUCGAACUAAUAGAGAAGAGAAAGGAAAGGCGGAAGGAUUAUACAUAUAUUCGGGCAACAUGGCCACCGCGAUCGACGACCGACAGGAACUCCUUGAACAAUUUCAAGCUAUCGAUGCAAACGGUGACGGAUUCAUUGAUUUGACCGAGUUACGAAAUGCCUUGGACGUUUGCGGAUUUAAAAUGCCGGGUUACAAAGUACGACAAAUGAUCGAGGAGUAUGACGACAAACAGAGACUACAACAUAAGGGCCGGCUGUCCUUCGACGAGUUCGAGAAACUCUGUAAAGAACUUAAGGCCAACGAACUUGGAUCCACUUUCAAGCACGUCGUUUCGAAAAAGGAAAAUCUUGAAACGUUAGGAGGAAUUUCAGAAGCAUCGAGUGUUGGUACUACUCAUUCCGUUAGACUCGAGGAACAACUUGCUUUUAGCGAUUGGAUUAAUACUAAUCUAGCUCAUGAUCCUGAUUUGAAACAUUUGUUACCUAUCGAUCCCGAGGGCAAGACACUUUAUGACAAGGUCAAGGACGGUAUACUCCUUUGUAAAAUCAUCAAUCAUUCCUGUCCUGACACCAUAGACGAAAGAACGAUCAAUAAGAAGAAUCUGACUUUGUAUAAGAAACAUGAAAACUUGACGCUGGCCUUAUCAUCGGCUCAAUCUAUCGGUUGCAAUAUCGUCAAUAUCGAUGCUCAUGAUCUCACCAAAGGAUCCCCGCAUUUGGUGUUGGGUCUCUUAUGGCAGAUUAUUAGAAUCGGUCUUUUCAAUCAAAUUACUUUAGAGAAUUGUCCUGGUUUGGCGACCUUAUUACAAGAUGGCGAACGUAUCGAGGACCUAUUGAAACUUUCUCCGGAGGCUAUACUAUUGAGAUGGGUUAAUCAUCAUUUGGAAAAUGCUGGUAUCGCUAGAAGAUGCAACAACUUCCAAUCUGAUAUUACGGAUUCGGAAAUUUAUACUUAUUUAAUCAAACAAAUCGCACCUCAUACUGCUGGUGUUACCGUUGAAGCUUUGAUGGAACCAAAUCAUUUGUCCCGAGCUGAAAUUAUGCUUCAACAAGCUGCUAAAUUAGGCUGUCGUAGUUUCGUUACACCAAACGACGUUGUCAAUGGUAUUUAUAAACUCAAUCUGGCAUUUGUUGCAAAUAUGUUCAACAAUUAUCCCGGUCUGGAUAAACCCGAGAACAACAUCGAAGGAUUAGAGUCCUUGGAGGAAACGCGAGAAGAAAAAACUUACAGGAAUUGGAUGAAUUCGAUGGGCGUGGUACCUCACGUUAAUUGGCUUUAUUCUGAUCUUGCUGACGGAUUAGUCAUUUUCCAAUUGUAUGAUAUUAUUAAACCUGGUACAGUCAAUUGGCCUAAAGUUCAUAAAAAGUUUACUAAGUUGAGGAAGUUCAUGGAAAAAUUAGAAAACUGCAAUUAUGUUGUUGAACUUGGAAAGCAAAUGAACUUUUCGUUGGUCGGUAUAGCGGGACAAGAUAUAAAUGAUGGUAAUGCAACCUUAACCUUGGCACUUAUCUGGCAAUUGAUGAGGUCUUACACCCUUUCUAUUCUGACGUCGUUGACCGGUACACAGGGUAGUACUUUGGUCGAAAAAGAAAUCGUACAAUGGGUUAAUACGAAAUUGCAAGGGGCAGGAAAAAAUAGUAGUAUCAAAAGUUUUCAGGAUUAUGCAAUAUCGGAUGGAAAAGUUGUGAUAGAUUUGAUCGAUGCUAUCAAACCCGGCUGUGUUAAUUACGACCUCGUUAAAGAGGGUGGUACUGAGGAAGAAAACCUUGACAACGCCAAAUAUGCGAUAUCCUUGGCACGGAAAUGUGGUGCUCGUGUCUACGCGUUACCAGAAGACAUAACCGAGGUUAAACCGAAGAUGGUGAUGACCGUGUUUGCCUGUUUAAUGGCAAUGGACUACGUCCCCAAUAUGGAUUCAGUAAAGCAGCAAAAUAACUUGAAUAACAGUCAAUAAUGUCGAGCCAUAUUUUUACCGUCGUGCCGUUACUUUCCUACGCGAGAACUUUUGAUAGGACAUUAAAUUUAUAAGUGUCCUGUUGUGUCUCUUCCAACAACGUAAUAAUAAUAAUAAUAUUAAUAAUAAUAAUAAUAAUAAUAAUAAUAAUAAUAAUAAUAAUAAUAAUUGUAUAUACAUAGAAUAGGAUAGCUUCUUUUUCACGAUUCGUAAGGAUCAAGUUUGGGAGUAAACGAGUUGGCAGGACACACAGAGAGAAAAAGAGAAAGAGAAAAUAGAUGUUCGUCCUGUUAUGUAUGUAUGUAUGUAUGUAUGUAUGUAUACAUGUGUGCGAGUGUACGUGUGUGAGCGUGUAUAUGCAUACAUGCUUGUUCUUUUUUUAUAACGUCAGGAGAAUUCACUAAAUUUGGCUACAUUAUUAUUGUAUUAUUAUACUAAAUGAGAUCUACAUGAUUCUCCUCCUAUUUAUCGAGACUCACCGUAAUUCAUUGAAUUUGUCAGCGUAUCUUUUAAUUAAAUCCUUCAUCUUUGCACCCUUUUAAAUCCAAAUCAUUUAAAUAAGAGAAAUGUAAACUGUGAUCGAAACGAUUAUAUUUUUAAAAUAUGUCUAAUUUCAAUUUAUAAUCAUUUUUGUGUAUCGAAAUACUAAGGAACGAAAACAGUUAUACUAAUUGAAAGAUAUUUCACAAAGGAUUAAGUCGCAUCUUUCAACUUAUAAUUGUAAUUCGCUGUCAUUUUGAGUGCUUUGAUGAUGGCCUGUUAGAUAUAUAUAUUAUAUGUGUGUAUAUUUAUAUAUAUACACAGAUAUGCAUUUAUAAUAUAUAAUAUAAAAGGACUGUUCUCUCUUAGCUUACAGUUACGUUGUUUUACAAUUUUUCAAUCAUGUUAACGUCAAUCGAAAGGUUAGUAGAAAAGAAUCUUUCUAGUAUAAGGAAUACCAAUCGAUAAAUAAUGUUUGAACAAGAUUUUUACACAUAUUAUUGCUAUUUUAGGAAUAUUAUAUAACAUUCCAAAAUCUUGAUAAAAUUUUUUUCCGAAGUAUUUAACAAAAACCUUCAAAGUAAUGCCGUUUCAUAAUAAAACCUCUUUUUUAAAUAACUUUUUCAAUAAUGGUGUAUUAACAAAGUGAUAAAAUUAUUUGUAAUCGUGUUUUUCUAUGAUCUACUAAAAUGAUAUAAUUUGAUAAGAGAUCACCUGCACAAAAUAUCAUCGCAAAUCGUGCCAUUAUAAAAGGUUUAAAGAUAGAACUGUUGUUUCAUUUUUUUUGUUCUUUUUCAUGAUUUCUAUCAAAUAGAUUCGUUCGUACAACGUCGAAUGAUAAAGAAAAGAAGUAUGAUAGCAUUUAUGAGUAAGGAUAGAAAAAAAAAAGAUUAGAAAAUAUCUGCUGAUAGAUUAGAAUCUAUACUGUCCUACCAAAGCUAUGAUCUUCUAUUUUUACGCAUAUCUGUAAACGUAUCUAAUUUCUUUGAGCUCUGUUAGACAUAUCUAAGGGAGCUCUUUUAAAAAACAAUUGUUAGGUUUAUAUUACUUCUACGCGCGAUUAGACUUUUAUUAAAUAUUAAAUAUAAUGUCAAAUUUCAAUGACCGUUUGAAAACGAGAGAAUAAAGAAAACCGAAUAGUGCAAUAAUUAUGAUGUGCAUAUCCCAUUUGUAGAUAUUUCAUAAAACGUAACGGUUUAUAUCUCGUAAAAAAAA